AAUUUGAGCCCUGGGGAGGAGUGUGGAGGCUUGGGAGGGGUCUAGAUUGGAGAGGAGUUAAUGCAGUGGCCUAGGCACUCCACAAGAUGAAGGGCAGGAUUUGAGGAGAGGCAGUUGUGGUCUGAGGAAAAGGAAGAUCCUGGGGUCUCACCAGGACCGGAAGGGCAGGGGCUCUGGGACUGGGAGUCCCCGCCCAGAAUGGGCUGGCUGGAAGCAGGAGGCAGUGGGACUGAGAUCUAGCUGCUUUCUUUCUUUGGAGCUGUGCCUUCACUGCUUGCUUCCCUCAGAGCUGAGAUUUGAGUUCCUACCCAGAAGCCACCUCUGUGCCUGCAGCUCCAGAUGAUGGGAGUAUCUGCCUAGAGGGCAGGACCAAGGUGAUGGUAACACCUCAGGACCUCACCUUCUGUAAAUCCCUGUAGCCCAGCUGCUUACCAAGGAAGAGGAAGGAAGGACCUCUGCCCCCCUGGGAUCCUUCAGCCUCCCCAGCUCAGCCUGCAUAGGACCAAGGCCUGACCCAAGCUUGGAGCCUGGAGCCAGAGGAAAUGGCCCCUGGGAGCUGCAGAUCCCCAGCCCAGGAGUUGGUGACAUUCCAGGAUGUGGCUGUGGACUUCACCCCAGAGGAGUGGGGCCUCUUGGACCCUUCUCAGAAGGAGCUGUACAAGGAGGUCAUGGUGGAGAAUGCCCAGAACCUGCUGUCCCUGGGACUUCCAGCUCCCAGAGAAGGAUUCAUCUCCCAUUUUGGACAAGGGGAUGCACCAUGGAUGCUGGAGCAAGAAGACCCCAGAACCUCCUGUCCAGAUGGAGAGACAAGGCUUGAAAUGAGGAAGGCUACUGCCAAGCUGAACAUUUCUUCAGAAGAAUCACGACAGCAAAGAUUCAUGAAAAAUGGUGUCUGGGGCUCUGAUAUCAUGAUGGAGAAAAAACAAAAGAGUCACUGUGCAUUUGAUCAAGAUGGAAAGAGUGUCAGACAAUGUUCAGCCCUAAUUCCCUGUAAGAAAAUGACCUCAGGGGACUGCUGUUCACAGGAUCAUAAAUAUAGGGAGAGCUUUACUGAACCAGUAGAGUUGGUUGAGUCUCAUGAGAAGCUUCCUAAAAUGCAAACUUAUGGAUGUGAGAAGUCCUUCAGCUUGAAUUCAGAACUAAUUAGAUCUCAGAAAAGUCAUACUGGAGAAAUGCUUGGUAUCGGUAAUGAAGGUGAGAAGGCCUUGAGUCAUAAUUCAAAGCUCACUGACCACGAGAAAAUUCAAAAUGGAAAGCAACAUUAUGCUUGUAUUGAAUGUGGUAAAGCCUUUAAGCGACACUCAUCCCUUAUUUCCCAUCAGAGAAUUCAUACUAGAGAGAAUUCUCAUGAGUGUCAUGCAUGUGGUAAAACUUUCAGGGAAAACUCAUCCCUUAAUUUACAACAGAGAAGACACACUGGAAAGACACUUUAUGAAUGUAAUCAUUGCAGAGAAACUUAUAGACAAACGUCUGGGCUUGCUAAGUAUCAGAAAACCCACAAUGGAGAGAAAUCGUAUGUAUGUGAUAAAUGUGGAAAGGCUUUCAGAUAUAGAUGUCUUCUUGCUGCACAUCAGCGAAUCCACACUGGAGAGAAACCUUAUGAAUGUGAUAAAUGUGGAAAGGCUUUCAGAAAGAGAUGCGGUCUGGCUGAACAUCAGAAAAUCCACACUGGAGAGAAACCUUAUGCAUGUGAUAAAUGUGAAAAGGCUUUCAGACAUAGAUGUCUUCUUAGUGCACAUCAGAGAAUCCACACUGGAGAGAAACCUUAUGAAUGCAAUCAAUGUGGGAAGGCUUUCAGACAUAGAUAUCUUCUUAGGGCACAUCAGAGAAUCCACACUGGUGAGAAACCUUAUGAAUGCAAUCAAUGUGGAAAAACCUUCACACAGAAGUCAGGUGUUGGUGAGCAUCAGAAAAUCCACACUGGAGAGAAACCUUAUGAAUGUGAUAAAUGUGGAAAGGCUUUCACAAAGAGAUGCAGUCUGGCUGAACAUCAGAGAAGCCACACUGGAGAGAAACCUUAUGAAUGUAAUCAAUGUGGAAAGGCUUUCAGACUCAGCUGUAGUCUGGGUGCACAUCAGAGAAUCCACACUGGAGAGAAACCUUAUGAAUGCAAUCAAUGUGGAAAGAGAUUUAGACAGAGCUCAGGUCUUGCUGAUCAUCAGAAAAUCCACACUGGAGAGAAACCUUAUAAAUGUAAUCAGUGUGGAAAGACUUUCUGCAGCAACUACAAACUUGCUCUACAUCAGAGAAUCCACACUGGAGAGAAACCUUAUUUAUGUAAUCAUUGUGGAAAGGCUUUUUCACAUAGCUGGAGCCUUUCUAGUCAUCAGAGAAUCCACACUGGAGAGAAACCUUAUGAAUGUGAUAACUGUGGAAAGAGGUUCAGACAGUGGUCAAGUCUUGCUGAUCAUCAGAAAAUCCACACUGGAGAGAAACCUUAUAAAUGUGAUAAAUGUGCAAAGGCUUUUAGAAGUACCUCUAAACUUACUGUACAUCUAAGAAUCCACACUGGAGAAAAACCCUAUGAAUGCAAGCAGUGUAGAAAGGCUUUCACACAGAGUUCCUCUCUGGCUGCACAUCAGAGAAUCCACACUGGGGAGAAACCUUAUGAAUGUGGUAAAUGUGGAAAGGCUUUCAGACUCAGCCAGAGUCUGAGUGCACAUCAGAGAAUCCACACUGGGGAGAAACCUUAUGAAUGUGGCAAAUGUGGAAAGGCUUUUAGACUCAGCCAAAGUCUGGGUGCACAUCAGAGAAUCCACACUAGAGAGAAACUUUAUGAAUGUAAUCAAUGUGGAAAGAGCUUCAGACAGACCUCAGAUCUUGCAUGUCAUCAGAAAAUCCACAGUAGAUAGAAACUUUAUGAAUUCAAUCAGUGUGGAAAGGCUUUCAUCAGCAACUACAAGCUUGCUCUACAUCAGAGAAUCCACACUGCGGAGAAACCUUAUGAAUGUGAUCCAUGUGGUCAAGCCUUCUGUCAACAGCAAUCACUUAUUUCCCAUUGGAGAAUUCAUAAUAGAAAUCUCAUCACUGUCUUGGAUGAGGAAAGGCAUUCAAAUGGAGUAUAGAGCUUAUUAGACAUUCACUCUUGGGAUAAGUUCUAUAUUGACUCAAUGUGGGAAAACCUUCACAGAUCGUCUCUUUAUGUCAGUUGCUUCAAGAUUAUUCCUAGUGGAAUGAAUCAUGAGAAAGAAGAAACAGAACCAAAAAAAAAAAAAACCCAAAAA